CACAUUUUAAAACAUUUGGUAAAAACUACGAAGCGUCGUGAAAACUAAACUGCCAAUAAGAAUACGUAGUAAUUAACAGUAUAUACAACUAGCGUGCAUACAAUCAAUAAGUUUGAAUACAAUGAGCUAAGCAACUAAGCGCCGUGCAACAUACACACACACAUUCAAACAAGCAGCCAUGUCGCAAAAUGAUGCCAAUGAUGUGGAUGUUCGUAGCACUGCCCACCUACUGCUUAGCAAUGCGCGCCCAGGCAGCAACUACACUCCAUACCAUAUGCCUUAUGACAUGUCUCGCCCGCAUUCCAUAAAUUUAUUUACGGAGGAGUUUCUGGGCGGCUAUAUGCAGGAUGGACGGAUGUCUGUGGUGCGACGUUUCUUUUGUUUGUUUGUAACAUUCGAUUUAUUGUUUGUAUCGCUGCUGUGGAUAAUUUGCAUAGUGAUCGGUGGAGAUAAUAUAUUUCAGGCGUUUCAGAAGCAAGUUGUGCAUUAUACCAUAUACACAUCUCUUUUCGAUGUUGUUGCCACAGCACUGGUGCGCUUUAUAGUGCUGACACUAUUUUAUGCCAUGUUGUAUAUAAAUCAUUGGUCCAUUAUAGCGCUAUCUACAAGCGCUUCAUGUUUAUUUCUCAUCUCUAAAGUGUUUUUGUAUGAUUGGGUGCAUUCUAAGCAGCAAGUAUUUGAAGUCAUACUUAUCAUAACGUCAUUUAUAUUAAGCUGGGGUGAAGCUUGGUUUCUGGAUUGUCGUGUUAUACCGCAAGAGCGACAUGCCCGUCGUUACUUUACAUCAGCUGUAAGCGCUAGUGAUCGCACACCCUUGGUGCAACCCACGCUAUUGACUGAUCAUCAGAGAGCACCACAAAGUGUUACAGACUUCUAUUCACCCCUGGAUACAGCGCAUCACUCUGACGAGGAGGAGGAAGAGGAUGAAGAGUAUAAUCAAAUGGGACUGGAUUGCCUGCGCAAAGCCUUUGAGCUUAUCGAGUGCACAGAUUGGAAGAUGGAAAAAGUAACUGCGAAGGGUGAUACAAUACAAAGCAUGCAGCGCGAGAAAAUAGGAAAAAUCUACAAGCUAACGGCACGUUUAAAAUAUGCGGCUAAGGCACUAAUGGAAGAGCUCUUCUAUCGCAUUGAAGAUGUGCCCAAAUGGAAUCCAGCGCUGCUGGAAUCCAAAAUAGUGCGCAAAAUCAAUUCAUAUACCGACAUUACCUAUCAAGUUUCCAUUGGUGGUGGCGGCGGCAUGGUGAAGAGUCGAGACUUUGUGAAUUUGCGCUGCUGUCGUUUGUUGUACAAUGGCAAAAUCUGCGAUGACGAUGAAGCAGCUAAACUUGCAAGCGAUGACGAUGAUGAUAAUAGCACACUUAACAGAUCCUGCGAAGGCAGCGUCACCAGCGUUACCACCUUGUCCGAUCCAGACACGCCACAAGGUGGCAGCGUAGGAAGUUGUCGUGCUCAGUUUCCACAGGCUGAAACAAAUAAAGCUGCUACAGUGCCAGGCACACCUUAUGAAACUUUGAGUAAAAGUCUUGGUGCCAAGGGCUUGGGCGUUGGUUUAAACUUUACUGACGAGCCACCGCCGCUGGAGGACGAGUUUGAGGAUGCGCAGGACAAGGUGCCAGAGCUACCAGCGCCAACUAAAGGCCAGACUAAAAAUAAAGUAUGGAUGAGUGCAGCUAUAAGUGUGGAAUAUGCAGCCGUGCCGCCUACAACAAAAUAUACAAGAGGCCAGAAUAUUGUGUCGGGUUUUGCAUUUCGUGAAAUUGUGGGCAAGUCGGAUAACUGCAUUGUCGAAUGGGUGCUUUGCCUGGACUUAAAAGGUUACAUACCACGCUAUGUGCUGGAUGCAGCUUUGACUUCAACCAUGGUGGAUUACAUGAGCUACCUGCGCAAGCAUGUGAACGAGCUGCGUCAACGUCGGAGGCGUUGAUGGUGCCUGGACUAUUGUACAGU